AUGAGUAUUCUGCCGGACUCCCCUUCAAAAAAGAAGGUUGACGUCAAGUCUUCAAGAAAUGAAGCUGCGAAUUCGCUGGCAAAAGAUGUGUCCCCGUUGAGGAAGAAGCCAAGGAUCCCUUACGCUGAGAAGACUCAAGUGAGAGCUGUUUCAUCAUCAUCCGCCAAGGUUAAACAUCUUGCUUGUGUAGAUAGUAGGAGGGUUGGUGAGUGCCAGGGUCCCCCUUGA